ACAUAUUUUGCUUCCACUUCACAUAAUCCUCCCCUCUUUCUCUCUCUAAUUAUGCUCAUCUAUUUAUCUUCAUUUUCACAGUCUCCAUCAAGCCCAGUUGGGAGAGGAGAGAAUAUAUCAUCAGCCAAGGAUGAGGAAGCCUGAGCAUAAUAAUGUGAUGAUGGUGAAAGACAAAGUGAAUAACAAUGGUGGUGCAAUAAUGAAGGCGAAGCUGAGGAAGGGGCUGUGGUCUCCCGAGGAAGAUGAGAAGCUGAUGAAUUACAUGGUGACGAAUGGGCAAGGCUGCUGGAGCGACAUUGCCAGAAAUGCGGGGCUGCAGCGCUGCGGCAAGAGCUGCCGCCUCCGUUGGAUCAACUAUCUCCGCCCCGAUCUCAAGCGCGGCGCCUUCUCCCCUCAGGAGGAGCAUCUCAUCAUCCAUUUGCAUUCCAUUCUUGGCAACAGGUGGUCUCAGAUUGCAGCACGUCUUCCCGGAAGGACUGACAACGAGAUCAAGAACUUUUGGAAUUCUACGAUCAAAAAGAGGUUAAAGAACGCGGGAAACACGACCACCUCGUCGUCUCCGAACAACAGCGACUCCUCCGACCAGCAGCUGAAGGCGAGCGUGGGCGGAGGGGGGACGGUGUUCAUGCAAGAGUACGAGGUAGGCGGCGUGUGCAUGGACUCCUCCUCCUCGUCGUGCUCGUCGAUGGCCACCCAAUUCGGGAACCCCUUCAACCCUAAUCAUCAUCACCAUUUCAACAACAACAUCUUCGACGUAAACGGCGCCGUUCCGAUGUUCAACUUGCAGCAUGAGGUUGGUGGGGGGGUUUUGGGGGACUAUGGGGCGAUGGAACCCUAUGUCAUGGCAUUGGAAAAUGACCUUUCUGUCCCUGGAUUGGAAGUGAACAACACCACCUCCAAUUAUGACAACAACAUCACUAGUGUCAACGAUUCCCAUUAUCUCAAUAAUAAUGAUAAUAAUCAAAGCAUCAAAGUAGAGGAAUUGGUUGGGGCUGCAGGGAAUCAUUGGCAGGGAGAAACCUUCAAAAUGGGAGAAUUGGAUUGGGAGGGUUUGUUGGCUAAUGUCUCCUCCUUACCUUACCUUGAUUUCCAUCUUGAAUAACCUCUCUCUAGAUCUCUCUCUACACCCACACCUUCUCUUAAUUUCUUUCUCUUAUCAACCAAAUACCUUCAAUUCUCUUCUUUCUUUUUUUCCCAUUAAUUUCUUGUUUGUUUUUUGUCCAUCAAUAAAUCCCUAGCUUGAUGAUGUUAUAGGCAAUACGUGGAAGUACCUUAUGGCUGCAGAGGUGUACAUUUUCAUGGUGUACAAAAGUGGUAGCUAGGACACGUCACUCUCCGGGAGAUCAACGGUCUUUCUGCGAAUCAAAUGUGAAUAGUCAAAAUGAAUUUGUCAGACGUAAUAAAAGGAUAUACAUAUACAUUUAUAUACAUAUAUAUAUAUGUCGAUUUAAUUGUAUUCUUAGCAUUUUGUAUAGAUGGAUCAAUAAUUGGUUAGCAAAUAUGGAGAACUGUACUAAGAAUAACGAGAUUGUUUUUAGUUGUUAGCAUAGGUUCCUCAAAAUUUGUAACUAGUGUAUUUUUUUUUUUUUUCCUUUUUUGUAAUCCCUCGCUUUUAAUUUCAUUUUAUCACGAAGUUGAUAUCUUCUUUUACUAUA